AACUUAACGACCCUAGAGUUGUUUAUAUUUUCAAAUGAUAAGAAAUUAUAAGUUUUCUGAGUUUUCGUUUAAAACUAUCUCUUUUCUUUUAAGUAUUACUUAGCCAAGAAAACUGCUAAAGAUUGUUCCGUAUAAAACGUUUAAUCUCCAUCGUAUCUUGUGAUCAACCUUUUUUUGUUAAUUAAGCAGUCUGCAAGUUGUUGAAUAUAUGGGCAAUAUGUCUGCUAUGCACGUCGAUGAAAAAUUGCUUGCUGAUGUUGAAAAUUAUGUGAAGACCCACAAAGUUAUGAUUUUCAGUAAAUCAAGGUGUCCUCAUUGUAUAAAAGUGAAGGACUUAUUUAAAAGUUUAGGAGUUGAUUAUCACGCAAUAGAUCUAGAUGUAAUAGAGAAUGGUUCUGCGAUGCAAGACGCGAUGGCAAAGAAAGCAGGAAGAAGAAGUGUUCCCCAGGUGUUCAUCAACGAAGAGCAUGUGGGCGGAUGUGAUGACACCAUGGCUGCACAUGAAAGUGGAAAAUUAGAGGCUUUACUCAAGUUAUAGAUGUUUACUUAUAUAGAUGUUUACUUAUAUAGAUG